AUGAGUCUGUUCGGACUUGGAAACAGAAACCAAAAGACAUUUCGGCCUAAAAAAAGUGCUCCAUCAGGAAGUAAGGGGGCGCAACUCCAAAGGCACAUUGAUGCUACCUUGGGUAGUGGCAACUUGAGAGAAGCUGUGCGACUACCCCCUGGGGAAGAUCUUAAUGAGUGGCUGGCUGUGAAUACUGUUGACUUUUUUAAUCAGGUGAACAUUUUGUAUGGUACCCUUACUGAAUUUUGCACAGCAUCGACCUGUCCAACAAUGACUGCAGGACCAAAGUAUGAAUAUAGAUGGGCUGACGGAGUUGCUAUAAAGAAACCCAUAGAGGUCUCUGCUCCUAAAUAUGUGGAGUAUCUGAUGGACUGGAUUGAAGCCCAGCUUGAUAAUGAAUCAAUUUUUCCUCAAAAAUUGGGUGCACCAUUUCCACCAAAUUUUCAGGAUGUCGUUAAGACAAUAUUCAAGCGGUUAUUUCGUGUUUAUGCCCACAUCUAUCACUCACAUUUUCAGAAGAUCGUGAGUCUGAAGGAAGAAGCUCAUCUCAAUACGUGCUUUAAGCAUUUUGUUCUAUUUACAUGGGAAUUUCGCUUGAUCGACAAGGGGGAACUCGCGCCUCUCUAUGAGCUUGUUGAGUCUAUCCUACAAUAG